AUGAGUUUACACAAAGCAAGAAUCAAAGCGUUUGAAGAUAUUUUGGAGCAGGAUGUUAUUGAUUUUGAAGUGUUACAAAAGUUGGCUUUCAAUGGUGUCCCGGAUGAUAAAGGUCUGCGUUCAUUAGUAUGGAGAAUAUUGCUGCGUUAUUUGCCAAAAGAAAAAUCUGCAAGAGAGUCAACACUCAUAAAGAAAAGGCAACUGUAUAAACAAUUCAUAGAUGAGAUCAUAGUAUCGCCUGGGGGCCCAUCUGAUCAUCCUCUUAAUAUAAGCCCUGAUAGUUCAUGGAGUACUUAUUUUAAAGAUAAUGAGGUUUUGUUACAAAUUGAUAAAGAUGUACGGAGGCUGUGUCCUGACAUUUCCUUCUUUCAAUCUGCAACAGAAUUUCCCUGCCCAGAGAUAGUUAAUAGCAAUGGAGUGAAGCGUUUGCAUAAGCGUGUGGAACAGUCUGUUUUAAAAUAUUCCACUUUAGAGAGACGUGGCCUUGGUGUAGCAAAGCUCAGCAAUGAAAUACGUCGGUCGGAGAGUAUCACAAGUGGAGACUACGCUCCUUUGAAUGAGGGAUGUGAAGCACAUUGGGAGGUUGUGGAACGAAUGUUGUUCCUAUAUGCUAAGCUGAACCCUGGACAAGGUUAUGUGCAAGGAAUGAAUGAGAUCAUAGGGCCCAUAUACCACACAUUUGCUAUAGACACUAAUAAGGAAUAUCGCCAGCAUGCAGAAGCUGAUUGUUUCUUUUGCUUCACUAAUCUCAUGGCGGAGAUCCGAGAUUUCUUCAUCCGGACGUUAGACGAGACGGAAAGUGGGAUCAACUAUAUGAUGUGCAAGUUAAGCGAUUGCGUCAAGAAAAACGAUCGAGCCGUUUGGGAUCAACUGGAAAGACAGGAGUUACGGCCUCAGUACUAUAGCUUCAGGUGGCUAACAUUAUUGUUGUCUCAAGAAUUUUCUUUGCCAGACGUCGAGAGAAUAUGGGACUCUUUAUUCGCCGAUAGCCAAAGAUUUGACUUCCUUAUUUAUAUCUGCUGUGCCAUGAUUUUGUUAGUAAGAGAAAACCUACUGAACGGUGAUUUCGCGUCCAACGUAAAAUUGCUGCAAAAUUUUCCACCGAUGGAUGUUUCCUUGAUCUUGAAUAAAGCAGUAGAAAUUUCUAAUAGGUAA